GGUGGCUUCGGGAUCACUGCCUGGACCAAACAAUUGGCCGAGCUUGUGCGCACCACCGCGCGGAUCCUCGGAGCCAUGCUGGACGCAGAUCGACACGAAUUCAUGGGUUGCCUGGCGGAUAAACUAGGCAAUGUCACCAACGAGGGGAACAACAAGGAGCGGUGGGCACUAAUACACUCCCUUCGAGGGUUCGGGGGUGGGGGCGGCAAGAAGAACAAAGCCCUCAAGACUGCCCUACCCUUCAGGAUCGAUCCCGAGGGGAACGUUCUAGCCACAAGGCAGGACAUUGCAAAAGACGUGGCUGUACACUUUAGCGAACUCGAGUGCGCGGAACGGAUGUCGCAGCAUGACUACGUCAAGACAUACGGGUCGGGGCUAGCCACCACCAAGCAUGGCAAAGUUGAUCCAGCCAAUGUCAUCACAUUGCGAGAGACAGAAGUGCUCCUGAGCAAGCUUGAUACUGACAAGGCGGCCAGCCCAGACAAGAUUUUCAAUGAA